AACUGAAAGUCUAGGAUGGCCUCCACAUUCAGAGGUGAUGAAACUUCUCCUUUCUUUGGUUUCCUCGGCGCUAUUGAUGCCCUCGUUUUCUCCUGUAUGGGAGCUGCGUAUGGGACGACCAAGAGCGAUGUAGAAGUGGCCUCAAUGGGAGUGAUGAGGCCAGAGAUGGUUAUGAAAUCAAUCGUCCCCGUUGUUAUGGCCGGUGUUUUGGGUAUUUAUGGGUUGAUUAUUGCGGUUAUUAUUAGCACUGGGAUUAACCCGAAGGCCAAAUCUUACUACCUUUUCGAUGGCUAUGCUCAUCUUUCCUCCGGUCUUGCUUGUGGCCUCUCUAGUCUUUCUGCUGGCAUGGAUAUUGGAAUCGUGGGCGAUGCUGGUGUUAGAGCCAAUGCUCAACAGCCAAAGCUCUUUGCUGGGAUGAUUCUUAUCCUCAUUUUUGCCGAGGCUUUGGCUCUGUAUGGACUCAUUAUCGGUAUCAUCCUCUCAUCUCGUGCCGGUCAAUCACGAGCAGAGUAGAGUGCAAGAUUCUGAAACUUGGGGUGUUGCUUUAAAUUUCCCCCUUGUUCAUCAUGAUAAUAAUUCGUCUUCAUGUUUUGAUUGUUAGGCUUAUAUAUUUUAUAGAUGCAAGCAUGCCUGCAUAGACCGUCAUUUUUUUGUUAUUUGUUGCAUAUCUAUGAUUGAGAUUAGGAGUUUGUGAUUUGAUUUGUGAUUCAACCAUGAUUAAAUGAUGCAUUUCAAUUGUGUAAAUUCUAAUCUAAUUAGCAAAGUUCCUAUGGAAUUUGGAUGUGAUUCCCUAUGAUUAAAACCUUCAUUUUCAACCUAUUUUGAGAUUCAGGAUCCUUGUUAGUAUUUUUUUUUGGGAAUUUCAUAUAUGUGGUAAAGCCAUAGGUUCAUAGUUCCAUCCUUAAAUUUAGCUUCUUUUGAGUAUAUGUGAAUCUCGUAUCGAAAUAUGCUUGGUGGGUUUUGUUAUAUAAUGAAAUUUUUACCUUUUUUUUUAUUUCUAUAAUAAAUUAUAAAUUAUGUUUAUACAUGUUUAUAAUUGAAGAGGAAGUGUGAAACUAAUGCAAGAAUUAAAAGAAAUGUCAAGUUAACUCCUAAUCAAGUAUCUCAGGCUUUUGUCGCUAGCCGAUAUGCUAUGCGCAAGGAUGAUGAAGAACCAAAUAGGAUGGAUUUCUUCAAGGCAACUCAUUGUUCAAAUGACAAAGAAUGGACAACAUCUGAGUCACAAGCAAAAUAUG